AUGGUUGCCAUGUCAAAGUGCCGUCGUCUGGGUUUGCGUCGUUUUGGAAGGUAGUUGACGUGCCAUUCUUCAUUCCCUCGUGUCUUUGUGGUGCUGCCGCCAGUUUUUAUUUGCAAGACAACGUAGUUUGCGUAUACGUGUGCGUACUGGGCACAGCAAAGUAUACAGAAACGUAGCGCUUAUUGUUUUCUCCCUCGUCGCCCACUACUGUCUCCUGAAGGUCUCAGUCAAUCGCCCAUGGAAUGGGUAUUUUGGUUUUGUACCCCUCUAGACACCCUUGGAAGGAAAAUAAAUAAAUCACUUUUCCACAGCCCAGUUAUGCCCCUUUUAACAAGUUUCGUCCAACUAGACAUACUUCUUUCACAUUUAACGCUUUCUCCAACCCUUUGACCGCUAAUUCCUUAUUAAUGUUAUUUUCCGCACCUUCAUCAAUUAUACUAAUCCAUGUACACACACACCUGACAUUCUAGUGUUUUCUCUUAAAUUUCCCCCACAGUUCCAGCCAAACCUCCCGUAAUUCGGCUUACACCGAGGGACACAGGAACCCAACUUUAAUUCGUGGACAUUUGUCGACCUCCCGGCACUGCGCUCGUGGAUCUUCACCGGUGUUUUCCCAUAUCUUCUGUGCGAUCGGCCGUCUAACUCUCGUAUGUCUCAUUCUUCCUGUCCUUAUCGCUCAUGAAUAACUCUAUAAAAUCCUCACAGCACUCGCCCGUGACUCAUGUCUCUUGUCGUAUGACGAUACUAUCUUUACCUUAUCAUGUAUCAGUUAGGCCUUUAGGGUGAUUUUGAGUAGUACUUGUUUGAGGUAUACUUUCACCUGUCGUCGACAAAUUUGAAUUACUUUCGGGGAACCCAUUUUUUGUUAUCUUUCACCGUGUACCACCGUCUUCAGGUUGCGUGGAAAAAUUGGUUUCUUGAGACGUCCCCAGGCUAUUUGCUGGUGGAGUCAAGAAAUUGAUAUAGUCUACAGACCUCGUGACUGCAUUUUUCAACUGACAACUGUGUAAUUCCGUUUGGCUUUCUGAUGAUUGUUCUGUCUCACUGUUCGAGGCCCAAGGGACCCACAUCAAUCCAACGAGAGGUAUUUGAGAAAACUAGCCGGAACUUUUUUUGCUUCUUUGUCAUCGGCGACUGCGCGCACCAGACCUCGACCCUCCGUACUCUCGAAGCACUGCGACUGUUUGUCCGCGGCUGCUUCUUUGUCAGACCCUAGAGCCUGCUUAUUUCGCCAUUAACUUUCGCUGCAGGCCGUAGCAGGCUGGCAACUAGGUUAACGGGUCUUCCUGUCGUGAGAUUUGUUUUCUGAAAUUUCGCGAUCUUUCUACAUUUCAAGCUUUUCAUAGCUCGGAUUUUUGAAUCAUGAAGAGCGUUCUCAUCUGUUACCUAGCUUUCGUAAAUCAUGCCACGAAGAUAGAGUAUAUGCUCAAAUAGUUUUUUUACGGAUAGUGAUGACACCACAGGAGUACGGAGGCGCAAUCGUAUUUGGUAGUUAGUCUGUGCCCCCCCCCCCCCCAAACGGGGCACGUGGUCGAUGCGCUGGACCAACACGGGUGCCAUAUCGGAUUCUGGCAGGCGUUAUCGAGUUUGCGCACCAUAACAAAUGCCUACAUUUCGGGAUGCGACGACAGAACCGGUGACCGGCUGACGUCGCGCAAACUGCGACCCCUGCCGUCCUCCCACUUUUGUUGUUGGUUAAAAUUCCGGUCAUUUACUGUAUGGACCAGGGUGUGUGGAACGGAGCGCCAAAGUUCAAGCUCGACCGUGCCAUCCACCUGCGCCCCCCCCCCCCCGCCUCCGGUCUUCUUGGCUCUGUCUUGACACCGGGUCCAGCUGGGGGAGGAGGAGAGCGUGCGGUAGAUGCUGUGCAAUACUACGGUCACUAUACAUUAAUUCACUCACAAAUCACCGUCCCUGCUUCACCUUGCUGUGGAGCACACGGCUGGCAUCAUCGGAAACGACGGUCGAACUGUCAUGCUGAAAUAGGUACCCCUCUCGGAACUUAUCGGAAGGCCACCAGCAUUACGGUGUAGAGGGGUAUCUACUCUCGCGUCUUACCGUCAGGUCUUUUAAGCCCUGCACCCAAUCCCCGCAUCAGGUAACUGACCGUUUCGGAUAGUGGACUGAUGCUUAGCACGCAAAAGAGAAGCUUUUGGGAAUGCGCGGCUGUACUGUGAGUGGUUAAGAAAGUUGCUCUAACCCCUUACCCUAUUUCCUAAACCUUACCCCUAACCCAGCAUGUAGCCGUCCUGAAACUUAUCUGAAGGCCACCUGUAUCACAGGUUGGGGGUAUCUAUUCCCCUGUCUGGUAAGAUGUGGCUAUGUAACCACACCUGAUGGACACCAUACUGUUGACCUACCUAAUUAUUUUGAUUUGGUGUGAUUAUGUUGGCAUGGUGCUGCUGUGCGUUGCGGUGUGUGUUCUGUUGCUGGCCUUGUUUUUUUGUUGCCGUGUCUACCUUUUUGGCCCAAUGCCAGUGGUCCUUCUUGACUUUCGGCCUGUCGUCCCCUUCUAACGUUCGCGUUGGAUGUUGUAGGAUUAGGGUCUAGGGCUGCGGUUAAGGUUUAUGGUUAGGAUUUUGGCUAUAGAUAGGGGUUGGGGAGUUAGGGUUAGGGGUAAGGGCAACUAUUUCUCAACCACUCAAUGUACAACCGCGCAUUCCUAAUAGCUAUUCUUUUGCAUACGACUGUUUAACCUCGUCGCCUGUGCGUUCCCCGGCCCCGCCUAAUCUGCAGUUUUCACGAUAUUUGAGACCUGAAAAGUGUUGUAGUAUGGUCUCUAGAUGGUGUCCCCAAGCAGUAAGAUGAAACAAAUGUCAGAUGUAAUUAUGUAGCCCCAAAUGAAGUAAACCAACCCCAGCCACCUGGAAUACGGGAUCGGUGGUAAUACGGGUUUUCGCAGGUGGGGACAGGCAACGCACCGGCGACAAGUUUAAGUGGUUGUAUGUAAAAGAAAAGCUACUGGGAAUGCGCGGCUGUACUUUGAGUGGUUGAGAAAUAGUGGCCCUAACACCCAACCCUGACCCUAGUCCCUAACCCUAACCCCAAACACAACAGUAUUGUGUCCAUCAAGUGGGGCUAUAUAGCCAUAUCUUACCGAAACAACUCUAGGUAGUCAAUAUAAGUUGUGAAACGGCACAACGUCGAAUGGAAGAACGAAAAAAGAUCAGUGGAGGUGACAGACUUUCGGACGUCUGAGUAGAAGAGGCCCUAUUACAAGCCGACCAGUAUUUCUUCGUUGACUGAGAGUUGUGACCUACUGUGAAUGCUGUAGGCCCUCACAAGCUCCCCGGAAGUCUGGACCAGACAUUCGGCAGUACAAGGGAACUAGAACGCUCCCCCUUCCCAUAAUACAGGCGACCUCAAAUUAAAUUUUAGUGAAAUUACUGCUGGAACUGAAAUUAAGGUUAAAGGCAGAACUGUGAUGAAGCUAAGGGUUUGGGUUGUGGUCGAUAUUACAUUUAACGUUAAGGUUAGUAUGCUGAAAUAGGUGUGCCCCCAAAAUGAGCCACGUGGUAGACACGCUGGACUAACAUGGGGGCCAUAUCGGAUCCUGGCAGGCGCUAUCGAAUACGCGCACCAUAACCAAUGCCAACAUCUCGGGUUGCGGUGGUAGACCCCGUUGCCGGCAGACAUCACGCACACUGGGAUUCCUGUCGUCCCCAUUGUUUCUUGUUGGUCAAAAACCUGGUCAUUUGCCGUAUGGACCAGGGAGUGUGGAGUGGAGCGUCAAGUUGAGGGCUCGACCGUGCAAUCCACCUGCACCCUCCCCGCCUCCGGUCUUCUUGACUCUGUCUUGGCAUCAUGUCCAGGUGGGGGAGUGGAGGGUGCGAUAGAUGCUGUGCAGGUCUACCACCACUAUAAACUAAUUUACGCACAAGUCACCGUCCUUGAUCUCACCUUGCUGUGGAGCACACGGUGGGCAUAGUCGGAAAUAACGGUCGAACUGUCAUGCUGAAAUAGGUACCCUUCCUGAAAUUUAUCGAAAGGCCACCUGUAUUGCGUGGUAGGGGGUAUCUAUUACCGCGUCUUACCGUCAGGGGUUGCAAGCCUUGCACCCAAUCCCCGCAUCAGGUGACUGACCGCUUCGGAGAGUGGACUGGUGUCUGGCACGUUAAAGAGAAGCUUUUGGGAGUGUGCGGCUGUACUUUGAGUGAUUGAUAAAUAGUUGUCCUAACCCUUAACCCUUCCCCUACACCUUACCCCUAACCCAGGAUGUACCCUUCCCGGAGAUCAUCGGAAGGCCACCUGUAUCACAGGUUGGAGGUACAUAUUCCCCUGUCCGGUAAAAUUUGGUUAUGUAGCUGCACCUGAUUGACAUCAUACUAUUGACCUAGUUAAUUGUUUUGAGUUGGCGUGAUUAUGUUGGCAUGGUGCUGCUGUGCGUUGCGGUGUGUGGUCUGUUGACGGCCUUGUUUCUUUGUUGCCGUGUCUAUCUUUUUCGGCACACUGUCGGUGGUCCUUCUUGACUUUCGGCCUGCCGUCUUCUUCUAACUUUCUCGGUGACUGUUUUAGGAUUAGGGUUUAGCGUCGCGGUUAAGGAUUAGGGUUAGGAUUUGGGCCAGAGAUAGGGCUUAGCGUUAGGGAGUUAAGGUUAGGGGUAAUGGGUUAGAUUAGGGUUAGGACAGCUAUUUCUCAACCACUCAAAGUACAGCCGCGCGUUCCCAGUAACUGUUGUUUUGCAUACGACGAUCUGACCUUGUCGCCCUUGCGUUCCCUGGCCCCACCUGUAAAAUACCCUAUUACCAUCAGUCCCGUAUUACAGGUGGCUGGGCUUUGUUUGCUUCAGGUGGGGCUACAUAACCACAUUUGAUUCCGUGCCAUACUUUCAGUUCCUGCAAGUAUGACUCACAUUUGCAAAAAUCAGUUAAACCCGUUUGCAAGCAAGUAAACAAAGUAAUUAUAAGCCUGAAAGGUAUUCGAACAAGCCAUUUAAAGGUGCUUAAAAUGAUAAUGCCGUCCGAAUUGGGUGGUGUGUAAAAAGGUUUGAAGUACUGGCAUUGCUUAAGCAUUGAUCGCCUGCAUUUAUGAAAGCUUAGUCUACCGAGGUUGUUAUCGCAUCCAGCAAAUCACGGUCAUCUUGACAGGCCAAUCAACUUCGAGACUGAGGUGCUCAUGCUCUAACAAAAAAGACACUUGGAUGCCUGCCACGGUAAGCGCGGGGCUGUCGUAUCCCGUCCGAAUUCCAACAUCCCCUAAAACUUACUCUUCAUCCGGCCCGUACAGAAUACCAGGCUCCCUCCACCGGCGUAUGUCCCCUCCACGGGACUGGUCUGAGGGUUAUGGAUUUGUAGAUAAUUUUAAAAUCCGUACACACAUAUGCUCUCUUGUGCUCUAUCACACUCCAGGGUCUUACAAAAAUCGGUUGAUCGAAUGCCUUGGUGCUCGCAUGUGAGAUCUGGGACACCAAACCCUUACACGUUGUGCUGAGGAGCCAGGUCUUGUGAGGCACGCGUAGACAGAUUGUCUAGCUCUGUCGGCCACUUGCACCCAAUCCCCGCAUCAGAUGACUUACCGGCUCAGACGGUUAACUGGUGUCUGGCACACUUUUGUGCUAUGACGGUAUGUUAUCAGUCGUGGCGUGGAAGGCUGCCAACUGCCGAGAGAUGACUCGGCCCUCCGAGGACAAAAAUUCAGGCUGCAAUGACUUCUUAAGAAUGCAGUCUUUAUGACAUUCGCACUCGUUUGGGGUCUGAGUCGACCAUCCCGUGAUUCUCCGAAGACAUGACUCAUCGCGUGCGUGGCACACGCAGACGGGCCGUCUAGUUUUGUCAGCCGAUUCCGACUUCGGUCUUCUUGCCUCUUUCUUCACACAGGGCUUAGGAGAGCAAGGAAGGAGAGUGUGGUAGUUUCCGCGAAUUUCUACUGUCAUAAUAAUCACGCGUAAGUCACGUCUCUCCACCCCCCCAUGAUGUGGGGGGCAUACGGUGGACAUCUUCGAUCGUACCGCUAUGUAGCGCGCAGUCAUCCGCGAUGUUUUGGUCCCGUAUAAUCCCAUUACAAGUUCUGGUAUUUAUCUGCAUGCGUCUGAUUCUGGUUCCGAUUAACUCCUCAGGGUAGGCGUCCAUCAGCAUGCCGACGACUGGAGAACGCAGAGGGUGUGUGCGGGUAACCAACCCCGUUAUUUCAGACGCUCAGGAGACCGUUUGCGAUUUGUGCUGACAUGUCCCUAACCAGCUGCUCAAGUAUCUGCGUAAAUCGUUCCAAAGCUUCGUCAUCGCUUUCUCGCUUGUUUCAUUGUCUCAGUGGUAUUCGUCAGAUCCAUGAUGAUAAUAGCAUACCACAGACCUACCGUAAUCAGCGAGCCAGGAAUCACACCCUAAUUCACGCGCAAGUCACCGCGCCUGCGCUCACCUUGAUGUGAAGCACACGGUGCACAUCGUGCACUCCAACAUGACGCCGCGACGGUGGCGUCAGUCAGCUCUCUGGUUACUGUGAUCGAUGGUAUUCUCAUUGCCAUCAUGGAAACUAUACGCCUUUUCAUCUUCUCCUAAUAUCUUGUUGUCACAUUUACGAAAUAAUAAUAAUCUCUUUUUUUCGCUGUUUGUGUCGACAAUUAAAUUAGCGAACGGAGACGUGGUGGAAAACUUAGAGCUAUUUAUUAGUUACGAGCUCACCUAUUUUUCCAUCUGUGUACCGCUUUUAGUCCCCACUAAGGUUGCAGCCUCCAAGAGCUCUUGUUCUUUUAAAAGUUUUUGUCGCGUCUCCAAUUGUCAGCCCUGCUCAACAGGUCAAUGUUUGCAGCUUUGAGGCUGCAUGCAACUGACUUUUUACGCUUGGCAGAAAACUACUCGGCUGCGCGGACGGUAAUCAUGCGACGAUUAUGUGACCGAUCAUCGGAGCAGUUCAGAACACGUCUAAUACUGUAUCGCUUGUAGGCAGUGCUUCUUGGUUGCAGACGCAUCCGAACAGCUGACUUCACAGUCUGAUCGACAGCAUCGCACGUCCGGCUAGUCAUGAGAACCCGUGCUGAAUUUGCUUUAUACUCGCGGACACCCAACCAUAGGAUCCUUGUCCUAGCUCCCACAAACCAACAGACCACCCAGGUUCAACCUUCCCAGGCACGACCUAACGCUGCCCUCAGCUCAUUAUCGACUACUGGCACGCGAGACAGCAGCCCAGAGUUCUGUACAGAAUAAAUACCGCCUUUCUAUUGAUGUCCGCGAUUUGACCCCAAUUGUGGUAGUUUAGAUGGGCGCGUGUUUUAGUAGCUAUGACCUCAGUAUCGGUUGUGGCGAGUCAGCGAUCCCCAUAAUCAUAAAAUCGAAGACUGACCUCCUUUUCAUGCCAGUGAGAGCAAUUGCCGCGCCAGCAUAGACACUUUCAUGCUGAUGCUAAUUAAAUUUACCAUUAGCUGAAUGCUUUUAUGUCAGUAUCCAUUACCACCGAAGAAUUGUCGAUUUAAUGCAUGCAAAGGUAAGGAAUCAAGGACCUUCAGUUUCACACAUUCAACUUAAAGCUGACAGCUCGAUUAGGUUUGCCGAAUUUGCACCGUGUCAUAAAAAUUGCGGAUUUUUCCAAUCACAUUGUUUGUGGAUUUAAGUUCUGAAUAGACUGGCACUGUUGUGGGACCUAAUCAACGAGUGAAAUUUAACGGUAGAGCAGAUUCUAUUGAAAGUAAUACGAUAAAAGCACACAUUACAUUUUAUAUUCUUCAAAUGACACUGAUCAGUCUAGUUCUGGUUCACCAGCUCUUUUUUAAUUUGUAAAUUUGUCCGAAUCUGCCCUCAUAUAGGUGACCUGAUCAACAACAUUUAUGAAUUUGGCCUCUACUCACAAACAGUUUAAACUUUUUUAAAGGCCUAGGAUAGUUUAAUUAUAUAAAAAUACUUUCAAUACAAUCACUGAAGUUAGCCUUUUUGUAGUAUAUGUAAACUUCUCUCAAUGGGUGCAUUGUCAGGUGCUGGAAAUCCUUCCAAGAAUAUGA